GAGUGGGGCGGUAAAGCACCCGGAAGUUUCAGCGAUGUUGUUUACGGUGGAAAUGGAGGCGCACCGUAAUUGAACCGAGUCGGGUCGAGCCAAGCUUAACCGAGCCGGUGUUUUACAACGGCAAGGAAAAAAGAUGGCAAGGUGAAAUUAAAGACCGGGGCAGCCAUCAGAUUUCUGCAGUGGCUUGCGAGGAGUUCUGUCCUGGGCUCAGCAUUCUGCUUGAUGCCAUGGAUUCCUCCUCCUCCCUUUGUGACCAAGCUGAUGAAAGUCACACAGCAGAAAUGGAACAGACGGCAACAGAUCAUUCAGGUUCCCUGUUAAACCAGAAAGGUGACAACAAGCUGAAUGUGCCCCAACUAGAUGGGGAGGCUGUGGCAAGUCAAUAUGUAGCAACCAAGAGAAAUGAUGAUGAAGAACAGGAGGAGGAAGAAGAGGCGGAUGUGGAUCCUGUUCGUGUCCUUACAUUGCCUCUGCAAGCUCAUCAUGCCAUGGAAAAGAUGGAGGAGUUUGUGUUUAAGGUAUGGGAAGGACGUUGGCGUGUUAUCCCUCAUGAUGUGCUUCCUGAUUGGCUUAAAGACAAUGACUUCCUACUUCAUGGACACCGUCCUCCCAUGCCCUCAUUCCGUGCUUGCUUCAGAAGCAUCUUCAGGCUGCACACAGAGACAGGAAACAUUUGGACACAUCUCAUUGGUUUUUUCUUUUUCCUUAUACUGGGAAUUGGUUACAUGUUCAGCCCCAACAUAAACUUUGUGGCUCCAGUUCAGGAGAAAGUUGUCUUUGGCAUGUUCUUCCUGGGAGCGGUGCUAUGUCUCUGCUUCUCAUGGCUCUUCCAUACGGUUUACUGCCACUCUGAGAAGGUGUCUCGGACAUUUUCAAAACUGGACUAUUCUGGUAUUGCUCUGUUAAUCAUGGGCAGCUUUGUGCCAUGGCUGUAUUACUCCUUUUACUGUUCCCCUCAGCCACGACUCAUCUAUUUAGUAAUAAUUUGUGUCUUGGGUAUUACUGCAAUUGUUGUGUCACAGUGGGAUCGUUUUGCUACACCUCAGUACAGAGCUGUACGUGCAGGAGUGUUCCUAGGCCUUGGCUUAAGUGGCCUGGUACCCACACUGCACUUUAUGAUAGCGGAGGGCUUUAUCAAAGCCACAACAGUUGGGCAAAUGGGCUGGUUGUUUCUCAUGGCAAUAUGCUACAUCCUCGGAGUUGCCCUGUAUGCUGCACGUAUUCCGGAGAGGUUUUUUCCGGGGAAGUGUGAUAUUUGGUUUCAUUCUCAUCAAAUUUUCCAUGUACUGGUAGUUGCUGGAGCCGUAGUUCACCUCCAUGGAGUUUCCCAACUGCAGGCAUUUCGAUCUUCACUUGGGGGAGGUUGUACUGCAGACACCAUGCUGUGAAGUUGUGCAGGGGAGGAUCGUUUUCAAAAGGAAACUGCGAAUGGAAGAAAAGGACUUUAUUUCUUCAAGUAGAUGUCUUCUUUUUUAUGAAGGAAACGUGUUGGAAGAUAAAAACAUAUCAAUGAAGCACAACAUCAUUUGCUAAGGGCACAUUCCACCUGUGAUUUUUUU